AGCCCCAUGGGGUUUACUCGCAUGUCUUUGCCACAUCCUGCAUCGUGCUGAUGCCACUUCUGGUGGCCCCAGGAGGUGGUUAUUUCCAUAUUCACGAUGCUUGCGAGAAUUCCUGCAUUGUUUGUUUGUUUGUUUGUUUUUUGCUAUUCCCCAACUAUUUCUGCAACGGGAAUGGGAUUAAUAGCCAAGUGUACUUGGAGAUGAAUGCCCACUGCGAGGAGCUGAGCUGCCCAACCUGGCUGUAAAGCAGCCCGCUGCUUGGACUCCUUGGUCUCGGUGGCACCAGCUGCGUGCCGCUAUGUUCCCCAGAGGCCUCUUGGAAGGAUGCUGUUGGUGCCACUACAGAGGAGGAGCGGCUGGUCAGAAUGCGGGACGUCAUCCAGCAGCUGCCCGCUCCUCACUACAGGGCACCUGAUGAGACACUUGGCCUGUCUGUCUGCGAACAGCUCUGUCACCAACAUGCACGCUAAGAACUUAGCCAUUGUGUGGGCUCCAAACCUCUUAAGAUCACAGCAGAGCGAGUCUGCCUGCGCCAGCGGGAGAGCUGCCUGCACGGAACUGCAGACGCAGUCAGCUGUGGUGGAAUUCAUCAUCGACCACACAGACGUCCUCUUCUGCUCCACAUCUGGACCUGACAUUGCAGAUGGAGCAGGUGAGUGUCUUCCUCCAUUAGCUUUAUCUUGGUCAGACACCUGGAUCAAAUGCAGGCCUUCUCCAAGUCCUUUGAAAUAUGCUUUUACGGCAAGGGGACAGCAGAAUCCUGGGCUUAGGUUAGAAUCUGGCACCCUGGUGCUGGGUGCUGAGAAUGUGCAAGCCCAAACUUGACAAGAAGAAAACCGU